CACAAUCUCUCUCCUCCUCCAUCCAGCAGCAUCAUCAUCUGGCUCUCUCCUCUUCCUCCAAUGUCAGCAACAAUGACCAGCACAGUAUCAGCCUACACCGACAAGAUCAAGGAGAUGUCCAUGCUGUCUCUGCUCUGCUCCUGCUUCUACACACAGCCACAUCCCAACAGCCUUUAUCAGUAUGGAGACCUGGAGGUGAAGAGUUUUAACAAGAGAGCAUCUGGCCAGUCAUUUGAGGUGAUCCUGAAGGAUGCUGAUCUGUCCGGAGACAAAAGCCAGCCUCAGCAGCUGCCCUCCCCCCCAAGAAGGGAGGUGUCCCUGGAGGAUCUCCAGAGGAGGCUGGAGGCCGCUGAAGAGAGGAGGAAGUCCCAGGAGGCCCUGGUGCAGAAGCAGCUGGCGGAGAAGAGGGAGCGUGUGCAGGAGGUUCUCCACAAGGCUCGCGAGGAGAGCAACAUCUUUAGCAAGAAGACGGAGGAGAAGCUCAUCCAGAAGAUGGAGGCCAACAAGGAGAACAGGGAGGCUCACCUCAAUGCUCUCAAACAGAGGCUGCGUGAGAAACUAGCUCCAUCUUUCGCCUCCUUUACAACAUACCUGCUUCAUCCUCAGGCAAACCUGCCCCCUCCCCAGUGA